CGCGUGACAGAGGUAGGAGCUCUCCCGGUGCUGUCUGCAGCCGGCAUGGAGGGAAACCCAGCCUGGCUAAUUGACCCGCUUCUGUAAGGCCAUCCAUCAACCGUGGCCCGAGUGGCCCCGUAAGAAACACAUUAUUCAGAGAGAAAGAGGGAGACCAGAGAGGAAGGGAGCAGACACACUAAAUGAGGGAAGUGUACGUGAGCGAUUGAGAGAGGGAGCAUGUGCGAGCAUUGAAGAGAGAGAGAGAGAGGGAAAGAGAGCUGCGCUGCAGUAGCAUCCCACAGCAGACGGCUAAGGACUGCCGGUGUGUGUGUGACUGCACUGCUGAAGAGGAGGAGGAGGAGGAGGAGGCAGAGGGUGAGUACGCUCGCAGACUCUGCAGGGCCAUAGAGGAACACACAGCAGCAGCGGCAGCGCUACUGUUGGCCGGCUCCAGGUAGAAGUACCAGCGCUGUCGCCCAGCAGACCACCGCCGUAGGAACUGGACACGCCAACGCCGCCCAGACCCCCACUACCAACGCCAUGGCACAAGCGGCCAAACAUCUCCGCAAGAACAAGGAUUUAGAAGCCCAGUUAGAGCAGGAGCGCAAAGAGAAGGAGGAGGAGAGGAACAAAAAGAGGAGUCGCUCACGGGAUAAAAAGCGCAAGGCCCACGCCGUGCAUCGCUGGCUAAUCGAUCAGGACAGUAGUGUGAGCUCUGAGAUGCCGGAUGGCCAAGGAGUAUGGCACUAUGAUGAUGAAGCAGAUGCUGGCAACAGUUUUCUCCGAGCGGCCCGUUCUGGCAACUUGGACAAGGCCCUGGAUCAUAUCAAAAAUGGCAUCGAUAUAAACACAGCCAAUCAGAAUGGGCUCAACGGGCUGCAUCUGGCCUCGAAAGAAGGCCAUGUCAAAAUGGUGCUGGAGCUACUCCACAAUGGAAUUGUACUGGAGACCACCACAAAGAAAGGGAACACCGCCCUACACAUUGCAGCUCUGGCAGGGCAGGAGCAGGUGGUCACAGAGCUGGUUAACUACGGGGCCAAUGUCAACGCUCAGUCUCAGAAAGGUUUCACUCCACUCUACAUGGCUGCACAAGAAAACCAUCUAGAGGUUGUGAAGUUUCUCCUGGAGAACGGAGCCAAUCAGAGCAUUCCAACUGAGGAUGGAUUCACUCCUCUCGCCGUGGCCCUCCAGCAGGGACAUGAGAAUGUCGUAGCCCUGCUCAUCAACUACGGCACCAAGGGAAAGGUCCGCCUCCCCGCGCUGCACAUUGCAGCACGAAACGACGACACACGCACAGCUGCAGUGCUUCUGCAGAAUGACCCCAAUCCUGAUGUACUCAGCAAGACUGGAUUCACACCCCUCCACAUUGCUGCACACUAUGAAAACUUGAACGUAGCUCAACUGCUGCUCAAUAGAGGAGCCAAUGUCAACUUCACCCCAAAGAAUGGUAUCACACCUCUGCACAUUGCAUCCAGGCGGGGGAAUGUGAUCAUGGUCCGGCUCCUGCUUGACAGAGGGGCUCAGAUUGAUGCCAAGACCAAGGAUGAGCUGACUCCUCUGCACUGUGCUGCCAGAAAUGGUCAUGUGAGGAUUAUAGAGAUCCUACUGGACCAUGGAGCCCCCAUCCAGGCAAAGACCAAGAAUGGCCUAUCUCCAAUCCACAUGGCAGCACAGGGGGACCACAUGGACUGCAUCAAGCAGCUUCUGCAGUACAACGCAGAGAUUGAUGACAUCACGUUGGACCACCUUACCCCUCUCCAUGUGGCGGCACACUGCGGCCACCACCGCAUGGCCAAAGUACUGCUGGACAAAGGGGCCAAACCUAACUCUCGGGCACUGAAUGGCUUUACUCCUUUGCACAUUGCUUGUAAAAAGAACCACAUGCGUGUGAUGGAUCUCCUGCUUAAACACUCUGCAUCACUAGAGGCUGUGACUGAGUCAGGGCUGACCCCCUUGCAUGUGGCGUCAUUUAUGGGUCAUCUCAACAUUGUGAAGAUCCUUCUGCAGAAAGGAGCUUCCCCCAGUGCCUCCAACGUGAAAGUGGAGACUCCCCUCCAUAUGGCGUCUCGGGCAGGGCACUAUGAGGUGGCAGAGUUUUUACUGCAGAACGCAGCACCGGUGGACGCCAAGGCCAAGGAUGACCAAACGCCUCUGCAUUGUGCUGCGCGGAUGGGCCACAAGGAGCUAGUGAAGCUACUGCUGGAGCACAAAGCCAACCCCAACUCCACCACCACAGCAGGCCACACACCCCUACACAUCGCUGCCCGGGAAGGACAUGUACAAACUGUACGCAUCCUACUGGACAUGGAAGCUCAGCAGACCAAGAUGACCAAGAAAGGCUUCACUCCGCUCCAUGUGGCCUCUAAGUAUGGCAAGGUGGAUGUAGCAGAGCUGUUGUUGGAGAGAGGAGCCAACCCUAAUGCUGCUGGGAAAAAUGGUCUGACUCCGCUGCACGUUGCUGUACAUCACAACAAUCUGGAUGUUGUUAACUUGCUUGUCAGCAAGGGAGGGUCGCCACAUAGUGCAGCCAGGAAUGGCUACACUGCCCUCCACAUAGCAUCCAAGCAGAACCAGGUGGAGGUGGCUAACAGCCUGCUGCAGCACGGAGCUUCAGCCAAUGCUGAGUCACUGCAGGGAGUCACACCUCUCCACCUGGCCUCGCAGGAAGGAAGGCCUGACAUGGUUUCCCUGCUCAUAUCCAAACAGGCCAACGUCAAUCUUGGAAACAAGAGUGGAUUAACCCCACUGCAUCUGGUGGCACAGGAAGGACAUGUUGGCAUUGCAGAUAUCUUGGUGAAGCAAGGGGCCUCAGUCUAUGCUGCCACGCGGAUGGGUUACACCCCUCUCCAUGUGGCGUGUCACUAUGGGAACAUCAAGAUGGUGAAGUUCCUCAUCCAGCAACAGGCCAACGUCAACAGCAAAACAAGGCUUGGUUACACUCCUCUGCACCAGGCGGCUCAGCAGGGACACACUGACAUUGUGACACUGUUGCUGAAGCACGGCGCUCAGCCCAACGAGACAACAACAAAUGGUACUUCAGCCCUGGCGAUUGCUAAGAGGUUGGGCUACAUCUCUGUGAUUGACGUCCUGAAGCUCGUCACUGAGGAGACUGUUUCCAUGACGACCACAGAGAAACAUCGCAUGAGUUUCCCAGAGACGGUGGAUGAGAUACUAGACGUGUCUGAGGAUGAAGGAGAGGAGCUCUUGGGGACAGAAGGGGCCAGGUACAUGAGGAUGGAUGACAUGAAAGACCAUGAUGACGAUUUCCUCUCCCCCAAGAAAUCACUGGAGUACGAGAGAGGGCUGGGCACAGCCAAUUACUCGCCAGCCAUUCCCAGGAUACCCCGAGUCUCUCCAGAGACUGUUAUUCUGCGAGAACACGAGAUAGAUCAGCAACACACUCCACUUCCACUGCCCAAAGAAUAUGACGAGGACUCGCUGAUUCCCAGCAGCCCGGCGACUGAGACGUCUGACAAUGUCAGCCCGGUCGCCAGUCCCAUUCACACAGGGUUCCUGGUCAGUUUUAUGGUAGAUGCUCGGGGCGGCUCAAUGCGAGGCAGCAGGCAUAACGGUCUGCGUGUCAUCAUACCUCCGCGGACCUGUGCGGCACCCACCCGCAUCACCUGCCGCCUGGUGAAGCCGCAGAAGCUGACCAGCCCCCCUCCGCUGGUGGAGGGAGAGGGGCUGGCCAGCAGGAUCAUCUCCCUGGGUCCAGCCAGCAUGCAGUUCCUGGGACCAGUGAUAGUGGAGAUCCCCCACUUUGCCGCUCUGGGUCGCGGUGACCGGGAGCUUGUGGUGCUUAGGAGCGAGAACGGCUCAGUGUGGAAAGAACAUCGCAAUCGCUACGGUGACGAGGUGCUAGAAACAAUCCUCAACGGGAUGGAUGAGGACUUGGAAAGUCAAGAGGAGCUUGGGAAGAAGAGAAUCCGUCGCAUCAUCUCCACCGACUUCCCGCUUUACUUUGCUGUGGUAUCACGAGUCCAGCAAGAGAGCGACCUGAUUGGACCAGAGGGAGGUUCGCUGACAAGUAAACUGGUGCCACUGGUCCAGGCCACGUUUCCUGAGACGGCAGUCACCAAAAGAGUCCGCCUGGGGCUGCAGGCUCAGCCAGUUCCAGAUGAACUGGUUGCAAAGCUGCUGGGUAACCAGGCAAACUUUAGCCCUGUGGUCACUGUGGAGCCUCGGCGGCGCAAGUUUCACCGACCCAUUGGCCUGCGUAUACCUCUGCCCCCGUCCUGGAAGGAGAGCCCCCGAGACUCUGGGGAGGGCGACACCACCAGUCUGCGUCUGCUUUGCUCCGUCAUAGGUGGCACAGCCCCAGCCCAAUGGGAAGACAUUACUGGCACCACCAAGCUUAUGUAUGCUAAUGAUUGUGCAAGUUUCACAACCAAUGUUUCAGCACGAUUCUGGCUCGCAGACUGUCCUCGGACAGCCGAGGCUGUCUCCUUUGCCAACCUGCUCUACAGAGAGCUGUCAGCUGUACCCUACAUGGCCAAGUUUGUGGUGUUUGCAAAGAUGAAUGAGCUGCGUGAGGGACGCCUGCGCUGCUACUGCAUGACCGAUGAUAAGAUGGAUAAAACCCUGGAACAACAUGAGAACUUCACAGAGGUGGCUCGUAGCAGAGACAUAGAGGUGAUGGAGGGAAUGCCGCUUCACCUGGAGUGUUCAGGGAAUCUUGUGCCAGUGAGGAAGGCCACCCAGCAACCUCGCUGCUUCAGCUUCCAGGCCUUCAGAGAUAACCGACUUCCUGUCUCUGUGAAGGUGAGAGACAGCAGUAAAGAGCCCACUGGAUUUCUGUCUUUCCUGCGCAAGUCCACUAAGUAUGAGGACAGCCAACAUGUGCUCUGUAACCUCAACAUUAGCAUGCCUCCAUGUAUCAAGGUUAUUGGGAGUGAAGACCGGAGGCGAACUCUGACCCCGCUGGCUUUGAGAGAAAGAUACAGUGCACUAAAUGAACCUGCUAUGGCGUCAAUGAGUGCCAUGGAGAGGACAGAGCUGAAGAUGGCUGUCAUUGCAGAGCAGUUGGGAUUGAGCUGGGCUGAGUUGGCACGCGAGCUUCAGCUCAGUGUGGAUGACAUCAAUAAGAUCCGUGUGGAGAAUCCCAACUCGCUGCUGGAGCAAAGCUCUGCACUGCUCAACCUGUGGGCCACCCGCGAAGGCAAGAGGGCCAAGAUGGAGAGCCUGUACACAGCUCUGAAGAGUAUUGAUCGUAUGGACAUAGUCAACAUGUUGGAGGGCCAGCCUCCUCAGACUGCGAGACAAGGGUCCCGUGACUUCAGCAGACGCCGAAACAAUGAGAGGGAGCACCUUUCCCCUGGUUUGACCAAUGGUUAUGGGCUCGCGCAGGAAGAGCUUCUCUCACCAGCCUCCAUGCAGUACAGCCUGCCCUCUCCGCUGGGUGCUGAGCCUUACUGGCAGGAAGUCUCCAGCCUGGACUGUGCACCCAUUGCUACAACAGAAGAAGACACCCUCAUGGAGAUGUCUGAUGUGCAGGUGUGGCCCUCAGGGAACAGCCCCUCCCUGGUCCCUGUGGAGGACUCCUCGCUGGAGUGCAGCAAUGCUGACGACUCAGAAGGUCUGCUGGGGCUGCCGUAUGGAAGUCUGGGUCGGCCGGCUAGUCAGGCCAGUGCAGCCAGCGGAGGGGGUGGGGUGCUGAGUGGCUCCAUUGAGCUACCCGAAGACGAUUCAGAGAUGGGCGUUGACUCGCUCAGCACUGCCACGCCAGCCUCGCUUGGGGGCACCAUCGCCGGGAUCAAUCUUAACGGGCUGAACAAUGGUCAGGGGUCAGAGGCAAGUUCGGAGGCAUCAGCAUUCGCCAGUAUCACUGGUGGAGAUGGAGCUGGAGGAGGAGGAAGAGGAGGAGAGAUGGGCUCAGUGGAAGGGCUUUCUCUUGUUGCAGGACAGCAAAGGGUGUAUGCUCGGCUGAGUGAGUCACCUGGUCUGAGCUGUGUUGCAGAUCGGAAUGGAGACAGGUCAGGUAAUGGUGGAAAUGGAGGUGGUGGAGGCUCUUUCCUUUCCUACCUGCAGGAACAGUCAGGCCCAGGGUGGAUCCCUGUCACUGACCCUACACAGGCCUGGGUGGGCAGUCAGCCUAAACCCAGGCAGGCCAUGGAAACCAUGAUGUCAUCAGUAUGUAACACCGUGGACGCAGACCAGACCCACAUGUCUCAGGAGGCCUUGCUUCAGCCUGUGAGGGACAUGGGGCAUUCGGAGAUCUUAAGGGGGCACUUCAGAGGUACCCAGCCGUUUGAGAAGGGUUUGGGCUUCCCACACAGGGUACCAGAGCUGAGGGCCUGGGAUGACGUGCGCCUUAAGGGCCAGGGCGAUGAAGUUGAAGACCUUCCUGGGGAGCAAGUAAGCGAGGAACAGUUCACGGAUGAACAUGGAAACAUUGUCACAAAAAAGAUUGUGCGUAAGGUUGUGCGCAGAGGGAAGGUUUCAGGUGAGGAGGGGGUUCAGGAGGUGAGCGUGGAGGGCUCUCUGCAGGACGCCAACGAGCUGGAGGUUGAUGCUGAGCAGUUCAUGAGCUACGCCAUCCUGGGCCGGGACAGCAGCAAGAGUUCUCCGCAGGAUUCAACCUCUUCACCAAACCCAUCCUAUAUGGACACAUGACCAGCAGCAGCUGACAGGAAGAACAUAGAUAAAAGGCAGAUGGACCGAAAUGAAGGGCAACAGACACCAACGCCAUGACAACCACAGUGGCUCUGCCGACUAUCAGCACGCACCGGAAGAGAAGGAUAUGGAUUUACUUGUAGUUUUUAUUACCUUUUUUUUUAAAGAAAUUGUGGAGAAAAAAAUAUACUUACUAGGCUAGAAGCAUGAUUUCGUAUAAAACAAAAACCAAACACAAACAAAAAAAACUAGCAACCAAAACGUGCUUCCUGUUAUCUGUAUCAGCAUGAGUGACUGCUGCCGCAUGGCCUGUCUUUAACUACAAAUACUGAGGGAAUACAAGGGAGGGAAAAAUGGGAGGGGAGGAGACACUGCUGUGUGGGACAGGCAUGUAAUGUUGGGUAUGGUCAAUCAUUGGCCUGUUUUCAAAACCAACAGGGGAAAGUUCAUUAGUUAAAAAAGGGAGACUAAAAUACUGAAAAUUACAUAAUCUCUAGGCAACAGGUUACUCGCCCUCCUCCCUGCCACUAAGAGCAUCACAACCUAGUUUUAAACCUGUCCCAGUGCUCUUAAAGUCCAGUAAAGCUACAAUUAUCACCCAAGGAUAUUGGUGUUGUACAUAAUAUCGUAUGCACUAAAAUGCUCUACGUGACUGUGUGUUACGUGUGUUUAUGUUCUGAGAUCCCUAUGCGAUGCCACUGAUGCUGCUGUUUCAGGUACAUACGAAUUUCCUCCCCUGUUUUUCUCGUUUGGUUCGUUUGGUCUGAACCUAUAUAUAAUUCUAUAUAUCUUGAGAUCUUUGUGGGUACAAGAACAUACAAAUGUCGUGUCGCUCUGCCUGUUUUAAACGUCAGAUUUUUGUGUGUCAAGUUGUUUGUUUCUUUGUGCUUUCCAUGUGCUUUCGCCCUUUGCUUUUGACAUGUCAAACUGUAGAGGGAAGACAUACUGUAAGUCAUUUACUGUACUGAUGGUGUUUUUGAGCUUUGGGAGGCGGGUUUCUGCAGUGAACCCGCCUCCCCGACCUUCCCUCAGAGUGGUUUGCCUUGUGGAGAGCGUGACAAUGAGAUAAUUGGCGAGUGACAGAUUAUAAUGAGAGAUUAACAACCCCACUCCUCCGCCUUUUCUUGUCCCCAGAGUGUUGUAUCCUUGUGAGGUUUUGUGUUAAUCAGAUGUCUGUCUGAGCCAAAAUCCAAAUACCCGUCUUCUCCCUCAGUCUUGGCCCUUAUCGCCCUACCUCCACCUCUCAACUCCGUCACCCCUCCAGUCAGCCUCUCAGAGUAGAUGUAGCAGUCCUGACCACCUCCAGCAAGGGGCAGGAUCCCACCUUCAGCAGUGUCUGUCUGACAUCACACAUGAGGUGCACUUAUAGACCAUCUCACCACCACCCGAAGAUGUCACUUAAUGAGGGUAAAGUAGCUGAAACGCUGGUAAUAAUGUAGCACUGGUUUGACUGGGUAAAAGAUACAGAGUCAGCUGGAGAAAGGAAAGUAUCGUGUCGAGGAUGUGUUGAGCUUUGAUGUUUGUCUCCUUGGUAAUUCUGUGGAGUGUAGCAAAGACAGUCAGUCACCAAUCACUGUGAUGAGAAACUGUAAUACUGACCCGCAACUGUGAGCCUGACCCUUCUCGAAGCGUGGCCCUUGUUUCACUCCUUUCUUUAGUGUUACGUCUUUUUUUCCCCUCAUGAUUUACUGUCUUAACUGUGCUUCAGGAGACGCAAUAACUGCUUACAAAAGGAAAGGAUUGUUUGCAUCAGUGUGUUUGAGUGUGUGUUUGAGUGUGUGUUUGAGUGUGACAGAGAGAGCGAGGAUUUUAGGAUCAUAGUUCAUGUUCUUCCUAAACUCGAGCUUUCAGUCUGUUUAUCACAGCUUUAGGCUACUCCUCACUCCAUUCUGAAAUGAUGUCAGUGCAUUAGUAUCCCACAUUUUAUCACUCUGCCUCUCUAGAAAAGAAAACGUUUAAGUUCUACACUAAUAUUGGGCGAGUAUUGGUAUGAGUUCAUACCAGCCAUCCCAUCUGCAAAGUGCCCAGUGUCUGUUUUUGUUACUCAUCAGGUAAUGUAGGUGUGUUUAGUGAUAAUUUUUAAACCUUAAUGACAUUCAUAUGCACCUUGAAAGAAAUCCUAUUUUAUGUGUGUUUGUGUGUGUGAUUUUAAUGUCACAUAUUUAGUCCUGGAUAUUGGGACAUUGGUGAAGUUGUGAUAAUAACACAAGGAAGUAAUAUUCCAAAUGGACAAAGAGCAGAGGCUCUCAGAUUAUAUGUGUAAUUCUAAUUCACAUUUUUUAAAGUUGAUUUACCUCAAUAAGCGUGCCAUCUCACAUGAUAUCAUUAUCCUUACAUGCAUUUAUUUCAAACAUUAUGUCAGACAUUGAAUGCUUUAUUAUGGAAAUGUACUGCAAUAAUCACCCCUCAAUAAGUGUUUGUUCAGUAUGGCUUCACAGCCAGAGAUGAUGAAUGUAAAGUCUUGGUAUACCGUAAGUCUUGUUAUAAAGUAGUCAUCUGUGUUGGCUCUGUACUUUAGUAGAUGAAAGAGUUGAUCAUCAACAUUCAUGACAAACAUAGAUACAAAUCAUUUAGGAGGAGAGAUAUAAAGAGAGAAGCCUCAAAUGGGUUUUGGACACUUAUCCCUUCAGAUAUUAUUUCUAUUUUAUUAUCUUUUAUUAAUAACCACAAAAAGUUAGAUGUCAAUAAAGAUUACACAACAGUGUAACUGUGUAUUACCCCUUAUGUUAUAGCAUACGGUCUGCUCUCUAAGGGCUCAUAAUUAUAAUAUGCUUGGGUAUGUUUCUGAAGCAGGGGCUGUUUAUACUUCCACUGCUGAUGUCAGGGUUAGUGCGAGCCGGGGUGGGGGUGGGAGGGUGUCUGAUGAAAAGACAAUGAAAGGUAGCAGUUUGGAGUGAGAUGGAAGGCUCGGUGGCUCCGACGGCUAGUCUUUCGAGAUGACAAGCAUUUUUUCCUCAACACAACCCACUCCUGUUCUAUUUCCACCCCCUUACCAAAUAUAAGACUGAGACGAUUCUAAGGCUUCCACACGGUGACACUUUGAAUGCGGUUUAAACGGACGAGUACAACUAAGUGCAAGAAGAUGGAGGACUGGUUACGUAAGAAAAAUGAACAAUGGAAAGCCCUGCACUGAGGGACCACUGAGAUGAUGCCAUGCACCAAGUUCAUGCAAAAAUAUUAACUGUUGCAAAAACUAGAGAACACAUGUAUAUUCCUUUAGAAUGGAUUGAAGACAUUAUUAACGCAAUAGCAUAUUACUCAAUACUAAGGAAUGCAACUGCACACAUGCACAGAAAAUGUUUUUAACAUAAAAGGCUAUAUAUAUGAAAUAUAUGAAAAUAUAUAUAAAUAUAUAUAUUUACUUAGAAUGCUAUGCACCCUUUCUUGUCAAAUGGGAUUCUAGUUAUGUUAUGGAUGUACUUUUAGCAUCAUACAGCUGUAGCUACCAAGAGACUGUUGAGUUCUGGGUAAUGCCUGCAACCUGGGGAUAAAUAGGGGUCUUGUGGGUAUUUUAACCUGUUUUGUUUGCUUUUUUUAUUGUUAUGGAGAGUUGAACACGAAUUUAAAAUAUAAAUGUAAAAGCCUUUUAAUCCAAUCAAAUCCGAGGACAUCUAUUGACAAUUUACUCUGUACACCAGCUCAACAUUUACAAAAUUAAUAAAGAAAUGAAAUGUC